AUGUCCGAGACCACAAAACCCGCUGCUCCUGGUCAGGCUGCAGAGGAGAGGGAGAAGGCAGCUCCAGUGCCAACUCCAUCCCUCGACCCUGCUCCUGUCGCAAACAGCAAGGGCGAGGAGCCCUCCACAGAAGCCUUCAGGAUCAUCGUCUUUGAUCAGGAGAACUUCCAGGGCAGGCAGAUGGAGUUCACCACUGAGUGCCUGAACCUGGGGGACCGCGGCUUCGAUCGGGUGCGCAGCGUCAUCGUCACCUCUGGACCCUGGGUGGCCUACGAGCAGGCCAACAUGCGGGGUGAGAUGUUCAUCCUGGAGAAGGGCGAGUACCCUCGCUGGGACACCUGGUCUAGCAGCUACCGGAGCGACUGCUUCAUGUCCAUGCGUCCCAUCAAAAUGGAGGCUGAAGACCACAAAAUCUCCCUGUAUGAGUCUGCUGACUUCAAGGGCAACAAGAUGGAAAUCCAGGAGGAUGACGUGCCCAGCCUCUGGGCUUACGGCUUCUGCGACCGCGUGGGCAGCGUGCAGGUGCCCAGUGGAACCUGGGUCGGGUACCAGUACCCUGGUUACAGAGGCUACCAGUACCUCUUUGAGACCGGAGACUUCCGACACUGGAACGAGUGGUCUGCCUUCCAGCCCCAGAUCCAGUCCAUCCGCCGCAUCCGGGACAUGCAGUGGGACCAGAAGGGCACCUUCGUCACCCCCGACGUGCCCUCCGACUGAGCGUGCC